AUGGUCCUGAACGGGUGUGGGUUCGACCUGUGGUUCGUCUCGGCCUGGCUCGUUUUCCUCGGGGUUGGCGUGAUGCAGAUCUUGGUGCAGCUGAUGUUAGUCAUGUCCUGUUGGAGGGCCUACAGGAAUGCCAGGACACCCGAGGAGCGUGAGCGCCACCACGUGGAGGGCAUCUUCCUCGCCCUGCGAGCAAUGGACAACCAUCUCCUGGUCUACGCUUGCAGGCCCGCAGUGGAAGAGCGCCUAGGAGGAGCAAGCUGCUGGAAAAUGAAAACGGUCGAAGCUCGUGUGGCCUUCAGCCGCUUCAUCUUCGAAGAUGCCGAGCAAUGUGCUCUGCAAGGGUAUGCGCAGGUGUCUCGGCUUUAA